AUGUUCCAGAUUCAGGAGGCGGCAAAGGCGGCGAAGGAGGCCAAGAAGGCGGCUGACGGGAAAACGGCCGACGCGACCGCCGACGGAAAUCCCCCGGCGGAACCCGCUGGCAACACGGAGGCCAUCGCGACCGUUCCCCGCACCGGAUGCGGCGCGGAGUGCUUCAACCGCACGUGCCUCACCACCUGCGACCCGCGGGUGUGCCCUUGCGGCCCGUCGUGCAGCAACCGACCGUUUCACCAGCUCAAAUCCCCAAAGACGGACACGCUGCUGACGGAGAACCGCGGUUGGGGUCUUUUCCUCGCCGAACCCGUCAAGGCGGGCACUUUUAUCGUCGAGUACGUCGGCGAGAUUCUCGACGAGCACACCACCGAGAAGAGGCUGUGGGAGGAUAAGAAGCGCGGCGAAGAUAACUUUUACCUCAUGGAGGUGAUGCCCAACCAGUGCAUCGACGCCAGGUACAAAGGCAACCUCUCGCGUUUCAUCAACUCCUCGUGCCAUCCCAACUGCGAGACGCAGAAGUGGCAGGAUUCCGCCACCGGAGAGACGCGCGUCGGCAUCUUUGCCAUUCAGGAUAUCCCGGAGGGGACUGAGCUCACGUACGACUACAACUUUGCGCACUUUGGCGGCGAGGGAACCACGUCCUUUUCGUGCAUGUGCGGCCACCCGCUGUGCCGCGGUACCCUCGACGCCAACCCCGAACGUACCCGCCACUACAACAGGAGGGUCGCCAUCAGCUGGGCGCAUGACGACGUGUUUUACAAGGGUGUCGUGCUGUCCUACAACAUGAAGACGACCAAGUACGAGAUUUUAUACGACACCGGCGAAAAGGAGUACGUCGCGCUGGAGGAGCAGCUGACGGAGGGCGAGGACUACUACUGGCUCACUCCGCCCAACCCCGACGAAGUGAAGAGGGACGAGAAGAGGAAAUCCGACGCGGGCGCCAAGGGUGAUAAGAAGGGAAAGAACGGGACAAAGGCGGUAAAGGCAAAGGGGGGCGUCAAGAAGACGUCGUCCAAGCCGAAGGUGAAGCAGGCGGCGGCGCCCGAGCCGGCUGGCGAGCCCGCGGCCGUGGUUCCCGCCGCGGCCGAGGCACCCACGCUCGAGCCCAAGCCCGAGCCGGUUCAGGCGUGA